UUUGAUUUGGUGCUGAAGGUGGAGUGUCCGACUACUGAAAAUGAAGCACAUCUCUGAGCCACAUCUCGCCAAAUUUCCAGGAGUAUAUACUGCUGCACCUGUGUAUAAUGCCCACAUGCACCCUUUGGCUCAUAUAUUGCGGGUAAAUCUGGCUCUGGUGCUAGCCAGUGCCUCCUGAGCCAUUGACCUCACCGCACAUCCCUACCUACUAGACCCAAACUUACUGUGGAAAUUCCCGGAGGAUUUCUCUGACCAGGACAUUCUUUGUAUGGUUCCAAAGUUCUGUUUUCCCUUUGCAAUUGAACGGGGGACUCAGUCUCAGAUGGGACAGCACUUUACCUUUGUUCUUACUGAUAUAGAGAGCAAGCAAAGGUUUGGAUUCUGCCGUCUGACAUCAGGGGGUAAAAUAUGCCUGUGUAUUCUCAGUUAUCUUCCCUGGUUUGAAGUUUACUACAAGCUAUUAAACACACUGGCUGAUUAUUUGGUCAAGGAACAGGAAAAUGACUUAAAUGAUAUAUUAAAGACCCUGUAUAAUCACCCAGUACCUGAAGCUCACACUCCUGUUAGUCUGAACCUGAACCCACUACAGUUUAUAACAAUGGAACCCGUUUUAAAAACUCAGCCCACUAUCGAGCUGCACUCGUUUUUCAUUACUCCUGACGUAACCGGACUGCCGACAAUCCCUGAAAGUAGAAAUCUUACGGAAUAUUUUGUAGCAGUAGAUGUACAGAACAUGCUUCAGAUAUAUGCCAGCAUGCUGCAUGAACGCAGAAUCCUCUUCACUUCAAGGAAGUUAAGCACGUUAACUGCCUGUGUUCAUGCAUCUGCAUCUCUGCUGUAUCCCAUGUAUUGGCAGCACAUUUACAUCCCUGUUCUUCCUCCACACCUACUGGACUACUGUUGCGCUCCUAUGCCUUAUCUCAUUGGAGUUCAUUUCAGCCUCAUAGAGAGGGUGAGGAGCCGCUAUCUGGAUGAUGUCGUUUUGCUCAAUGUGGAUACCAACUCAUUGGAAACUCCUUUUAAUGACUUAUCAGCACUACCCAGUGAUGUGGUUUCAACCCUGAAAAGCAAGCUGAAGAAGCAGUCCACAUCCACAGGGGAUGGAGUGUCCCGAGCCUUCCUCCGAGCGCAGGCUGCACUGUUUGGUUCCUACAGGGAUUCUCUCAGAUACAAACCCGGGGAACCAAUUACAUUUUCAGAAGAGAACUUUGUAGCCCACCGUUCCAGCACUAUGAAGCAUUUUUUAGAGACUGCUGUCAAUCUGCAGCUCUUCAAGCAGUUUAUAGAUGGUCGACUGGAGAAACUGAACUCAGGUUACGGGUUCUCCGAUAUGUUUGAGGAGGAAAUAACUUCAGGAAACUCCCGUGCCUACCAGCAGUGGGUGCACACAAUGAAGAAAGGGGGUGCACUAAUUAAUACUGCGGUGACCAAAGCUAGUCCAACUAUGAAGAAUGCUUAUAUGUAUGCAAAGAAUCAGGCCAAACAAGGUAUCAAGGAGGUGAAAAGCAAGCUGGCGCAUAAGGAAAUUGAGAAUGAACAUUCUUGGGCUAAUUUGGAGUCCAAGAACUCCAAUACCUUCCCAUUAAACAACACAAAACGGCCUAGCCAUGAGAGGCGGAAACUCUCACAGACACGGAUGAAUAGACAGACGCUCAGCAAAGGAAACCACAACUCUGGACUGGAGGAUACUGAUGCAGGAGACAAUGCCAGCAAAUUGUCCUCUGAGGACAGUGAAGAAGCCUCUGGAUAUUUAGAUGACAGUGAUGCCUCAUAUGAUAAUGUGAGCCUGUCCUCCCGUCCAGGGGGAGAGAUGGAUCUCCUGGGAGAGAUCCUAGACUCACUUAGUACCCAUAGUUCGGAUCCUGGUGGGGGCCGUCUCACAGCUGCUAAGAGUCUGGACUUUUUUCGUUCCGUAGAGGACUUGGACUACAAAGUUAUGAAAAAGCCAAAUACUCCCAGCGAGAACAACCUUAGUUUGUUGUGUGUGGAUCCCGGUAAAAACUGGAAUGUCGGUCAGGAUGACAGUGUCCUUUACAGGAAACAUCUCUCCCCCUCACCAAGCAAGAAAAGCAGGGAGGAGGUACCUUAUAAAGACUUUGAUCGCCCCCGUUCUGAAUUUCCCACAACCAUUAUCGAUGUGCCAGCACCUGGAACGGCUGGACGCCCCACCUCUCUUUUCUGUCAGCGGGAUGUUGGAGCAGGAUUGGAUGUGGGAUCCUCUUCUCAUGCGCUUCUACUGAAGUGUCCAACGACGCAAGUUCCAUGGGAGAAGGAGGAGAUUGUGGUGCAAGGUGCACAAAGCAAAGAGAAUCCCCCUUGACCAUCUUCUCACUCAUCUGCCCUUUUUUGCUUGCUUUAUAACUCCAGGCUUAGACAUUCCAAAAGCUGACCGGAGCGAGACCUUGGAAAAGUCAUUUAUGUUAGCAUAACUACUGUAUCACAAAGUGUCCUGGGUUUUCAUGCACCGCAUCCAGCAGAAUCUACUGAACUAUCUGUGUCAAAUCAUUUCAUACCAAGGUGCUUUUACCUGUUGUUUACUCUUAAAAAUAUUCUGUUUUUAAUUUUAAAAUCUAUUAAAGCUGUGCAAUCAUCUAAUAAAAGGUGGUGGUGCAGAUCCACUGUU